CAAGCUUUAUAAUAAAACCUCCCGGGGACAACUAGUCGGCGAAGCGUGUGCCGUUGCGCCGCUGGACGAGGCCUCUUUGCACCAGAUAGAAGUGGAGGAUGGUCCGUCUGCGCUAGCUACCAUGGAGGGCGCUGCGGGAGAAGCAAAAACUGCAGUGAAUACGCAUGAGGUAGUACCUGGAUCGUCUUCUGGUGACAUGAUCACUGCACGAGCUUGCGGAGAUACUAAAGCAGUUGCAAGUUCCAGCUCGCCGGGGCGCUCGAACCGGAAAGCUCUUGGGACAGGCGCAUCGAAUCUGGAAAGGCAAUUGCGCCAGAACCGACAACGCGCGUAUAAUCACUCGAAUAUUCUCCUGUCCGGCAAUGCUGCACGUCCCAUGGCGUUGUCGCCUGAAGACGCUGAGAUGGGUUCGCCCCCUCUAGAUGAGGACCAACAUGUAGUCGGUAAAAGUGGAAGGGCGGUUGCUUCCUCGCCUGCGUCGAUUCGUGCGGCGGGAUGGGGGACGUAUCCGCCGGGCAGUAGCGGGGACGAAAGAACAACGUCUCACGUGACAUCCUACGAACCAGCAUCGAGUCGUCAUUCAAGCCAAGGCCAGCUUCUCGGGAGCGAUCCCUCCAUAAGCCCAAAUGGGCUGGUAGGAGCCAAUAGGGCUGGACAGCAUAGAAAUCUUUCAGGAGUAAGUGGCGUGGGUGGCAGCGACGAACCAGUAGAUUCGAAUGCUGGCGUGUGUGGGACUACCGCGAACAAGGCUAGCAUGGAUGGCAUUCCGGGGACCAGCGAGGCCGUCACGAAUGGCGCGGCUGUUGUUGGUAGUGAAUCAGUAACACGCGAAGCGGAAAGACAAGCUCACUCGAGCCACGCAGUGCACACCUCAGUCAAAAAGGGCGCAUCAGCGUCAGCUAAUGCGGUCCACAGUGUGGAUGGCAAGAUGCAGGCAGAAACGCCGGCGUUGACAACGAACAUGAUCAAACGCAUGAAUGAGCAGCAGCCCCAAAAGCAUGAUGCACUCUCGUCUCGGGUCGGGCAAUUGCAAACGGAGAAACUAAAAAGAAAAUUCCAACCACCAACAGCUUUGAUGGAGAAAACUGAGGAAGACGAAGGUGAGGCAAAGGGCAUAGCGGAGAGUGAUGAAGAUUACACGGGUCAGUCCAGAGAAUUUCGAAGUGUCCUUCAGUCGCGGACCAGUGGCCACUCACCAAGUCGGCCAUCCAAGCCAACAAAACCGAUCAAUAAUCCGUCAAACAACUACGUGAAAUCCCACCAGAGUGGGAGUCUAGAGUUCCGCUUAGUUCCCGUGCAAUGUGCGCAAUCGUCGUCUACCCCUGUGCACAGGGGAGAAUCAUCAGAGGUUCACCUGGAAGUCGGCGGUACUCUUGGAAGAGCGUCAAGCGCGCACGUGGACCAGCUCAGUGAACUCUCAGGUGGAGGCGCGCAGUACCCGAUCUACGCCACUCAUCAGGGCACGGGAGGUGCACGUCCAUACCACUCCGAGCCGGUGCGGAGUGUCGGACAACCGUGGCCGGCUUGGGAUUCUAUGACGCCUCCUUUGAGCACGGACAACAUCAGCAGCAUGCGCGCUAUAAGUUCGGAAGGCAGAAGCUUCGUGACCGGUGUAGAGGUGCCGAGCUCGGUAGCGCAGACUGGACGUAACAUCUCAGAGAGCAAGCUUUCCGGGCAGACUAGAGGGGAUUCGAGUAAUGCACAGCUGCAGCCAGAGACUGGGGAAACGUCGGGCAGAGCGAGAACAGCCGACACGCAACUAGCCAGUCCACCUGGGGAGGGUCCCUCCAGCGAGGAAUGCAUCCCGCGGGAAAUUAGCAGCGGCGUGACCAGUAGUGGGAGGCGCUCCCCGCACGAGAGCUCCUCGAACGGGGGGAACAACGCGGGCUCCUCAAACUAUGGCAACGUCUCGAGUCACUACGGCAGCAGCAGUCGCUCUUACGAAUUGAGCAGCAACGAGGCCCCUG